UCUGCUUGUCCAGAUGUUUGGGUUGAAGAUAGCCUUUUCCAGAUGUGGCCAGACAAAGCCAGAGCACAGCAGUAAGAUCCAGUAAGUGCAGUCUGGUCUCUCCUACAACCUUCUCUUCUUGAGGUGUUGAUGAAAAGGAUCCAACCUCAGAUGCCAAGAAGAUACUCACAGAGGCUGGGGCCUCCUGGUGAGCCACAUGUGCCCCCAUUCCACAGAGGUCUAGAAUGUUGUUUUUUUGGUGUUUACAUCUGUGUUCUUUAGUGAUACCAAAGGUAAGAGUGGUAGGAGGAUGCUCUACCCUCAGCACUUGCUAAGGACUGGGACGAUAGUGAAUGAAAUGGACACAGUUCAUGGCCUCAUGGAUUUGUUGGAGAGAUAGACAUUAAUCAAAUAAUCAUAUGAGUACAAAAUAACAAACUGGCAUAAAUGUAGUGAAUGCAGAAGGCUAGGAGAGUCUUGAGCAGGGGACAUCAAGCAGGAAGAUAGCCAUCAGAAAAGGCUGUGGAUGGAGGUACACUCCCCUGAGAUCUGGAGGGGGCAGCAGGGUGAGGCAUGCAGGAAGGAGGAGAUGCACUCAAAAGCUGGAGCGUGCAGUGCAGAACAGACUUGGGUCUGAGAGGCGAAGGGCCAGCUGAAGGAUGGUGGGAAGCCACUGAGGAGUUUUAAGAAUGACAAGAUCUGGUUUGCAUUUAAAUGAUCACAGCCUGCAGAGGGACCCAACACGAGGCUGCUGCAGUCUGCCAGGUGAGAGACAGGGAAGUACGGUCCUGAGAGGGCUUAUGGACAUAAGAAGGACAGAAACGAGAAGUAUUUCAGACGUGGCCGGGUUUUGAUGCGUGAGGCUGAGGACAGGAAGAAUCAAAGACAGUGCCAGGGUUCUGCUUUGCAGAACUGGACGCUGGGGUCCCUUCCCUGAGGCGGGGAAUCCGGGGCAUCCAGGAGCUGGGAUUACAGGCAAGGUCCUGAGUUCCUGUUCAGAUGUGGGCCCUUUGGCAUCCAAAAUGACAGGGUAAGCAUCUUGUCCAGUGGUUGGAGCUCAGGACCCCGAGGGCUGGGGCCCUGGGGCUAAACAGGGUUUCCCAAAGGUUGGGCCCAAGAAGGGUGCCUUAGUGCUGCCUGGCAAACCUCUGUUCCGAGGGAACCUCUGGAACAAACACCCCCUUGAAGGGGCCAACAGUCAGGGUGCAGACUGUUUUGGUCAAAAUCUGGGCCGGAAACUCCAGACUGAGCCUCUUCUCCGAAGUGGGGCUCCUGGGUGGGAGCUAACAUGCAGAGGAAGGGCCCGGAUGGGAGGGAGGCCGAGGUUACAGGCCGGGCCUUCUGGGAGGCCGGAGCAGGUCCCAGAGCGUGCGAGAGGGGCCGGUGACCCCGAUGCCGCCCCCGUGCCCCCGCCGCGCAGCGUGGGAGGAGGCGGCAGCUGCGGGCCGGCGGGGUGGAGGGAGAGGGAGAGGGAGAGGGAGAGGGCGGCGCGCCGGCCCGUGGGAAGCGGCGGCAUCUGCUCUUUCCACGCUCCUUCCCGGCGGCUCCCUGUGAAACCCAAGCCGCCUGGCCCGGCCCGGCCCGUGCCCUCCGCCGCCCGCCCCCCGGAUCGGGUUGCAGGAGGCUAGGGCUGCGCGCAGCGGUUCACUGUUGCCCGACUGCCGCCACCGCAGCGAGGAACAGCGGCGAGGCGAGCAGCCAGAUGGCCAGGCCGCUGUCCACUCCCAGCCCUUCGCAGAUGCAAGCCAGGAAGAAACGCAGAGGGAUCAUAGAGAAACGGCGCCGAGACCGCAUCAACAGCAGCCUUUCUGAACUGCGGCACUUGGUGCCCUCCGCCUUUGAGAAGCAGGGCUCGUCCAAGCUGGAGAAAGCCGAGGUCUUGCAGAUGACGGUGGAUCACUUGAAAAUGCUCCACGCCACUGGUGGGACAGGAUUCUUGGAUGCCCGAGCCCUCGCAGUUGACUUCCGGAGCAUUGGUUUCCGGGAGUGCCUCACGGAGGUCAUCAGGUACCUGGGGGUCCUGGAAGGGCCCAGUAGCCGUGCAGACCCUGUCCGGAUUCGCCUUCUCUCCCACCUCAACAGCUACGCAGCUGAGAUGGAGCCUUCGCCCGUACCCACCAGUCCCCUGGCCGUGCCUGUGUGGCCCUGGUGCUUCUUCCACAGCUGCCCGGGGCUGCCAGCCCUGAGCAACCAGCUCGCCAUUCUGGGAAGAGUGCCCAGCCCUGUGGUCCCCAGCGCCGGCCCUCUCGCUUACCCCGUCCCAGCCCUCCGGACCACACCCGUGCGCAGAGCCCCCAGCUGCGUCCUGCCCACACGCAGGAGUCUGCUGCCUGGUCGAGGGGCAUCUUCCACCCACAGGGCCCACCCCUUGGAAAGGCCAGCUGCCCCUCUUCAUGUGGCCCCCGGCAGCAAGGCUUCCAAGGGCAGCCACCUCCUUCCCCCGCUGCGGUCCUGCUCCCCCACAGCCCCUGGUGCUAUAGGGAGCCCGGCUACUGCGGCUGUUCCUGUCUCCAGCCCGUCUUCUGCAGCACCAGCUGGGCGGCCUUCAGGAGCUGUGCCGUGCCGCUCCUGGGCCCCGGAAAUCACUGAAAUUGGUGCUUUCUGAGCUGCCUCUCCCAGCCCCCAGGAGCAAGGAAGCUCUAAAACUUGCCACUGCCUUUUCUGCUUUCGCUCUAUGGAGGCCUCUUCUUCCCCUUCAGAGGUCCCUUCCUCCUCCUCUCCGCUAACCCGGUCUGUCCCCCUGGCUGCUCUCCCCUCGAGCUGCUCUGAUCCCGGAGAUCUGGUCUCAUUUCUCACCUGAGCGGUGGGUGAGUCCUGGUGCCUCAUGAGCCCCUCAGAGCCGUGCCCAGACCCCUUUCUCACCCAGAACGCAUGGAUCUUGGGUGUGGGGUGGAAGCUGUAGCAUAGGAGCUCCCAUGGCUAGAGGAAGGCUGCCUCCUGUCCUGGAGACGGUAGCUGAGCAAGGGCCACCCACAGGUUUCUUGGGCAUCCUGCCUGCUCCUGCCCACCUGGCUUUGGCCGCCUCAUCAUGGUGAGGCACAGGACAGACCCAUUCUCCGCUGCAGCCAAAGCCUGGAUGCUGGGGCCCGGCAGGGGUUGCCUCUGCUCUCCUGCUGGCGAGGACUCUCGCCCUCCUGCAGACCAGCAGACACCUCUGCCCAAGGCUGGCUUCACCAGGGAGGCCAGGAGGUUUCUGGGCAACCACAGAAUUCUGGGACAGGAUGCCUUCAUGACCGCCAGGCCACAAGAGCACUGCCAGGCAGGAGGCAGGGAUGGGCAAGCGAGCACCCAGCUCCGGCAGCCACCAUCUUCCCUGCGUGUGGUCCCGCCCCGGGGGCUGCACAGAGCAGAGCAUCCUCUGGGGAUUCAGCACCAGCCGUCGGAGCUGCCUGGUUUGCGUCGGCUUGCAGAGCCCAGACUGCUGCCGCAGCCAAGGGCUGUCACGCGGGACAGAAAUAACUGUGAGGAGGGGCAGGAGGAAGAGCACGCAGAGGCGCUGGGCCUUCAAGCUCACACAGAAGGUCGAGGCCUGAGAUCUUGCUCACCCAGGGGCCGCACACUGGCUCUGCUCGGAGGCUCUUUCAUGCCGCAGCUCUGCCGUAGGCUGUUCUCUAGUGGAAGAACAAAGGGCCUGGUGUCCAUUCGCAGUGGAGCAGCAGAGGCCGAGUGACCCUCAGGGCUGCCACGUUAGUUGAAAAAGAGCAGAAACGUUUCCAUGCUCACUGGAGAAGACCUGCCCCCGCCUCCCGCCAGGGCCGCCGAGUACCCCUGGCACCGGGCAUUUUUCCCAGGACCACCUCCGUCUGGCUGUGCCCGGGGGACCCCAGGCUUUGGGGUUCUCCCUCCGACUGCUCGUUAGUGCUCAUGCCACACUGGUUAUUAAACACUUUGCAUGUCUCUGA